GAAUGGGUCAAAUGGGCUUGCCUAAGUUCCGACCCAGGAAAGUCCCCGGGCCACUAUUUCGCAGAGAUGCGGCCUCGGCAACGAGAGAAUCAUGCGGUGGAGAGUCCCAAUCAGCUGAGACGCGUGUGUGGAGCUUACGUGGUCUCUCUGCCAAUGAUACCAUGGCCGUUCGUUUCACGACAGUUAUUCACAGGGUUCUUAAUGGACUUAACUGAACGGGGCUUACGUUCCAAU